AUGAAAGAAUGGUCGUUCAAGAAAGCCAUUACCAUCCAGACAUACAGGGCAUAUCAUCCAAUACCUGUGCCCCUUAACCUUAUAUCUAAUUCAUUUCUGUGGAUAAAACGGUUGUACCUUCUCUGUUCGAGGCGCUGCUGCGACGGACGACAGGAUAAUAACAGUUUCAGUAGUCGAGUGAGUAACUUUUAACUAAGAGUGUACCGUCCAUUUAUACAAACUACUCGGGUAAAAAUUUUGUGCAUGUACAUUAAACUACAAAAUUUGACGUGGUGGUAGAACGACCCGUUACGAAGUCUAUCCAAAUCAGCUGAAUAGAGUCCGAACAAAUUGGUAAAAUUACAUCGUCUCAACCUAGAGUCCAUUAUUAUCUGGAGCUUCCCAAACUGAAUGGCCGAACCAUUUAACUUUCCGGAAUUUCAGGUUACCCCAUGUAAAUGGCAGUACCCUAGGACACCAUAGAAGGAAUGCGUUAGAUCAACGGGGUGCCAAAACACCUUUAUUGCCUAAUAGACCAAAAAAUGAUAUUCAAUCAGAACUAGCUAACCCUAAAUUCUGCCUGUAAAAUGUUAUUUUGUAUCCUUUAGGCGUUUUGAGGCUUUUGUAAAGCAGUUUGGCCUACUUACCUUGGCAGCUAGACUUGGUUAUUUAUUUAUUCAUUUUGGAUUCUCUAACUCCUAGCUUAUUCAUUUUUAGAAUUUCCUGAAGAAAAAAGGAAAGGCUUUGAAUGAAGUUGUGGAAAAACUACAAAAUGAGUACCUUUCCAGUUAUGGCUACUCAUUUCCUCUGACAGGUAAAAAAUGUUGUUUUAGUACGUAUAAUCCUCAACAGCUUCCCGCCAAAAGCUCAUGACUAAUGCUCAUCUUCGUUUAUUUAUUUUCACCAGUUCCGAGUCCGCUGCCAUUUACCCAAUACUGAGUGAUCGAUAAUUAAGUUCAUUCGCUUUAUAUUCUAAUUACCUUUACUUUAUGCCUUGCAGUAUGCAGGUACUCUGUUUGCUCAAACGCAACGUCUGCGGAAGUAAAUUAAGCACCUUUAUUUUUGUUCUUUGCUAUUAAGAUGAAAGAAAAAUGGACUUCGUUCUUCAAGAACUUGAGCGAAACAGGCAAAUGGUAAAUCAGAUUGCUUACAAAACAUUUGCAGCAAGUGGAAUAAAUGGUUCCAUUUUUCCCACUGGUCCCAAG